AUGUCGUAUGAUUAUUGUGAGGUACUGCGGGAUUCACUACUUUUUUACGAAGCCCAGCGUUCUGGAGUAAUGACAGAUGAAACGAAAAGUAAACUGCACUGGAAGAAAGACUCUGCACUUAAUGACCAAGGAGAAAAUGGAGAGGAUCUUACUGGAGGAUAUUAUGACGCGGGGGACCAUAUUAAAGCCGGUCUACCUAUGGCGUACACGGUGACCGUGGUAGCAUGGGGUUUACUGGAAUACCCGGAUGCAUACGAAGCCUGUGGCCAAACUGAGAAUGUCAAAGAUAUGAUCCGAUGGGGCACGGACUACUUUCUGAAAAUCUACCCGGAAAAGGGUGUACUGUAUUACCAGGUUGGUGAUGUUGAAACAGACCACAGUGCAUGGUGUCGAGCCCAGGAUAUGAAGAUGAGUCGACCAGCUUUAAAAGCGAAUAGUGACCACCCCGGAUGUGACGUAGCUGCAGAGACUGCCGCUGCCUUAGCGGCCGCAUCUAUUAUUUUUCAAGAAGGUAGUGUAUCAUUUUAUUCAUGUGUCAGUUUAGACUAA